AUUCUGCGCGGAAUGGCAGCGGCAGCAGCAUCCCCGCCAGAGGCGGCGGCGGCGGCGGCGGCCACGGCCACCACCGCGGACGCUAUUGUUCCCUGGUGUUAGACGCACUCUCCCUCCUUCUCAUCUGAAGCGAACAAUAGCAGGAAAGAGCUUUGCUUUCUGUACUCUUUGGGAAGACGUUCCAAGAGCGGAGAAAAAUUCCCUGCCGAGCGUGCUACGGCUCUGGACCCUGGAGUGGCUGCGGGCGGCAUGGGGCUGCAAGCCAGGCGCUGGGCGUCCGGGAGCCGGGGCGCUGCGGGGCCGCGCCGGGGCGUCCUGCAGCUGCUGCCGCUGCUGCUGCUCCUGCUGCUGCUGCUCCCGGUUGCCGCCGGCAGGGCUGCGGCACAGGGCGAGGCGGAGGUGCCCACCCUCUAUCUGUGGAAGACUGGUCCAUGGGGCCGAUGCAUGGGAGAUGAAUGUGGUCCAGGAGGCAUCCAAACGAGGGCUGUGUGGUGUGCUCAUGUGGAGGGAUGGACUACACUGCAUACUAACUGUAAGCAGGCCGAGAGACCCAAUAACCAGCAGAAUUGUUUCAAAGUUUGCGACUGGCACAAAGAGUUGUACGACUGGAGACUGGGACCUUGGAAUCAGUGUCAGCCUGUGAUUUCAAAAAGCCUAGAGAAACCUCUUGAAUGCAUUAAGGGGGAAGAAGGUAUUCAGGUGAGGGAGAUAGUGUGCAUCCAGAAAGACAAAGAUAUUCCUGCGGAGGAUAUCAUCUGUGAGUACUUUGAGCCCAAGCCUCUCCUGGAGCAGGCUUGCCUCAUUCCUUGCCAGCAAGAUUGCAUUGUGUCUGAGUUUUCUGCCUGGUCCGAAUGCUCCAAGACCUGCGGCAGCGGGCUUCAGCACCGGACGCGUCAUGUGGUGGCGCCCCCGCAGUUCGGAGGCUCUGGCUGUCCAAACCUGACGGAGUUCCAGGUGUGCCAAUCCAGCCCAUGCGAGGCCGAGGAGCUCAUGUACAGCCUGCAUGUGGGGCCCUGGAGCACCUGCUCAAUGCCCCACUCUCGACAAGUAAGACAAGCAAGGAGACGCGGGAAGAAUAAAGAACGGGAAAAGGACCGCAGCAAAGGAGUAAAGGAUCCAGAAGCCCGCGAACUUAUUAAGAAAAAGAGAAACAGAAACAGACAGAACAGACAGGAGAACAAAUAUUGGGACAUCCAGAUUGGAUAUCAGACCAGAGAGGUUAUGUGUAUUAACAAGACAGGAAAAGCUGCUGAUUUAAGCUUUUGCCAGCAAGAGAAGCUUCCAAUGACCUUCCAGUCCUGUGUGAUCACCAAAGAGUGCCAGGUUUCUGAGUGGUCAGAGUGGAGCCCCUGCUCAAAAACAUGCCACGACAUGGUGUCCCCUGCAGGCACUCGUGUAAGAACACGAACCAUCAGGCAGUUUCCCAUUAGCAGUGAAAAGGAGUGUCCAGAACUAGAGGAAAAAGAACCCUGUUUGUCUCAAGGAGAUGGAGUUGCCCCCUGUGCCACGUAUGGCUGGAGAACUACGGAGUGGACUGAGUGCCGUGUGGACCCUUUGCUCAGUCAACAGGACAAGAGACGCGGCAAUCAGACGGCCCUCUGUGGCGGGGGCAUCCAGACCCGAGAGGUGUACUGCGUGCAGGCUAAUGAAAACCUCCUCUCACAGUUAAAUACCCACAAGAACAAAGAAGCCUCAAAGCCAGUGGACUUGAAAUUAUGCACUGGCCCUAUCCCUAAUACUACACAACUGUGCCACAUUCCUUGUCCAACUGAAUGUGAAGUUUCACCAUGGUCAGCUUGGGGACCUUGUACUUAUGAAAACUGUAAUGAUCAGCAAGGAAAAAAAGGCUUCAAACUGAGGAAGCGGCGCAUUACCAAUGAGCCCACUGGAGGCUCUGGGGGAACUGGAAACUGCCCUCACUUACUGGAAGCCAUUCCCUGUGAAGAGCCUGCCUGUUAUGACUGGAAAGCAGUGAGACUCGGAGACUGCGAGCCAGAUAAUGGAAAGGACUGUGGUCCAGGCACGCAAGUUCAAGAGGUUGUGUGCAUCAACAGUGAUGUAAUAGUACUUGUUCGUUUUCCUCAGUUCAAACAAUUUUUCUUGUCCUUCCGUAGACCUAUAGAGGAAUUAGGGUCUCAGGUGCUUUGUGGUUGGAAAAGCAAAGCAGCGGCAGCGCAGGUGCCAGGCAUUGCUAAUGCGAAGGCUCUAGGACUGCCUUCCAGCAAAGGCCAGUGA